GUGGGACGGGUUUUGAGCGAGCAGCAUUCAGGCCGACUCGGCAGUUGUGUCGGCGGAGUAGUCGGUGCUCGGCCGCCGUUGUGUUAGUGUCUCGUUCUCGCCCUCUUCGUCGGGCUGGCCUGCUCUCGAGGAACCACGUCUUAGGACCGCCUUUCUUUGCUACUGUGGCUCUUCGGUGCACUUUCGUCUCGCUUGGAGGAACCCAAAGAUAACGGCGCCUUCUGGACCCAUCUGUGAGAGGACCUGUCGCAACCAGGCCGCUCCCCCUACGGCCACCUCCUUCCCCCUGGCAGCUGGCACCCCUCGCUCACACCCGUCACGGGACCCAACCAUCACUUUCAGUCCCUCGCCCCAGCCUGCACACCAGCGCAUGAGGUCUUGCCUGCCUUGAGAGCACGAUAUCCAUUCUUGGGUCUUUCAUUCUUUGUUUUGUUCGCCUGUUCUUUUCUUCUGCUUCUUCCCACCUAACCUUUCACAUCCUUCUCUCCACUCCAACCUUCCGUCACGUCCUUCACACAGCCUGUGGAGUGUGGUUUGGUGGUACCCCCUCUGAUUGAGUCAUUUUCUCUUUCGCUUCCCCCUUUGCCUUCUCUAACAUCUCUUUUGCUUCCCGUUACUUCUCUCUCUUCCCGUUACUUCCUCUCUUUUCUUCCUGCCCCUUCCUUUCCCUCCUCUACUACCCCUACUAGCACCACCCCUUCCCUCCUUACCCCCAGAAUUGACCCUUAACCUUUGACCCAACAAUGCCCGUCCCUUCUUCUGUGACCACGAGAUAGAAGAGCCUUAGAAGAGACGGUGGCCAAGGAAGCAAGUUCUGCCGAGCAACGUAGGCCCAACCAGCCUUCUAACUUGGAGAAACAGGCGCAGUUGGAAGCGGUUUUUUUUCACUUAGACCUUCCACCAUGGGCGUCCCAAGGCUGGUCCUGACCUUUGUGGGGUUGUGGGCGGCAACAUCAGCAAAGCUUGUUUACGUCGAGGAACAUCUACCGUUAAAGGGUGUGGAGUCGCCCCCCGGCUCACCAUGGCCCCUGCCUCACCACUGGCGACAGGACAUUCGCCAAGUCACUAUAGAUCCCAGUACCUUCAUCAUAACCGCCAACUUGAAAGGCUGUGACGUGAUCGACGCAGCGGUUGAGAGGUAUCAUAGUCUGACCUUGAUCGACCCAGCAGCCACGCCUGACCCCAGCCUGCCUGUAUUGCCCUCGCUGGUGGUGACGGUGGCCUCUGGCUGUGACCACACGCCGCACCUGAAUCUCCAGCCGGAUUAUGAGUCUUAUACCCUGGAGGUCUCCGGGCCGGGCGUGGGCGAGAGCGUGGGCGUGGAAGAGGGUCAGAUCCAGGUGGUGGGCGAGGGGUCUGCCCGCCUUCAGGCCCCGACAGUGUGGGGCGCCUUGAGAGGACUCGAGACCUUCUCCCAGCUGGUCUUCAUCACGGAGCAAAAUAACCACUACACACUCAACGAGACACUGAUCGAGGACGCACCGAGGUUCCCCCACCGAGGCAUCCUGCUGGACACUGCCAGACACUUCCUGCCGAAGAACACCAUCCUGCAGGUGUUGGACUCGAUGUCGUGGAAUAAGAUGAACGUCUUGCACUGGCACAUUGUCGACGAUCAGAGUUUUCCUUACGAGUCUAAGAUCUUCCCCAACCUCACACAUCACGGCGCAUAUACCCGCCGCCACAUAUACACUCAGAAGGAUGUGACUGACAUCGUAGAUUACGCCAGGUACCGAGGCAUCAGAGUGAUCCCCGAGUUCGAUACGCCAGGACAUGCCCAGGGCUUCGGCAAGGCAUUUUCGCAUUUACUUACCCCGUGUUAUGGUGACGGCCAGACGCCGGGGACAUCCAACUACCCUCUCCACGCGGCGUAUGAGAAUUUCGACCCCACGAACCCACAGGUUUAUGAAUUCGUCAAAGCUUUCCUGGUGGACCUGAAACACACGUUCGUAGACGGGUACAUUCACUUGGGUCUCGACGAGGUGUUCUUAGCCUGCUGGUUGAGCUCGCCAGUCGUCCGGGCUUUCAUGGAGCGCCACAACUACACCGAGAUCGGCCAAGUCGAGCAGCACUAUGUGGACCGAGUGCUGGAGUUGGCUGAGCUCACGCCCAUCAAAUACAUUACUUGGCAAGACCCAGCUGACCGUGGCACGAAGAUGGCCAACACGAGCGUGGUGCAAGUAUGGAAGGACGUGUCCCUUUCGCCCAGCAAGAUGCGCGGCUGGAGAGACUAUGUCCACAAACUGACGAAGGCUGGCCACCAGAUCAUCCUCUCCUCCUGCUGGUACAUCAACUACAUCACCUACGGCCAGGACUGGAGGAACUUCUACAACUGCGACCCCACUGAUUUUGAUGGAACGGCCGAACAGAAAUCGCUGGUGCUGGGCGGAGAGGCAGCCAUGUGGGGAGAGUACGUGGACGCUACAAACCUCCUGCCGAGGCUGUGGCCGAGAGCCUCAGCCGCCGCCGAGCGGUUGUGGUCCCUGCCGGUGAGCGAGGCGCCUUCCACGGACGACGCUGCGUACAGGCUCGACCAACACCGGUGCAGGAUGCUCAGGCGCGGCAUCCCGGCUCAGCCCAUCCUCAACGGCUACUGCGGCGAGUGGGAGGUCCCCGAAGACACGCCGCUCUCCACCUACUCCACCACCACCCCGAUCUCCACCCCGACGACCCCAACCCCACCGCCUCCCACAACCACGCCCCAGACCACGACCCCCACCUCCUCUACGACCACAACCACCACAGUCACGACCACCACCGCCACCACGACCACACCCUCCACACAGCCUUCCACGUCCCCGCCCUCGACGUCCACCACCACAGCCCAGAGCCAGGAGCCACAGACAAACACAGAGGCACCCGCACCGCCGCCUGCAGCAGAAGUCCCUGCAGAAGGUGGCGGUUCCCCUGACCGCGCCAACGCCCCCACCACUGCAGCGCCUCCUUCAACUACCCCGGCUCCUCCCGCGGAAGUACAAGGCGUCCCGGAAACGACGCUGGUGGAGUCCGUGGAGACGCCCCCGGAAGAACCAGCGGUAGGCUCGUAGGGCAGCGAUAGGCCUACCUACUCAUACUCAUACGUGAAAGUAUUAUAUAUUUUCUUCUCCACGAUUGCCGCCCCGUGUAAGAGUUAUCCAUACUGUCUUAACCGCUGUGUCUUCACAUUGUAAUGCCAUGGUCAAAUGUAUGUUUAAGUUAAAUAUAUUUUAUACGUGUA